GUGAAGAAAAACACAUGACCUCACUGUAGCGGGGCACGUUACUGCGCAAGUGCAUUCUUGCACGGGUAGUCUGACAGAACAGCGAAUAGGUUUGUUGCCUAGUGAAGAAUUUGAAAUCCAGUAAAAUAAGUAAUCAAAAUAAGAAAUAGUUUAAGAUUGAAUACGUUUCGCCCAUGUUUUAUUUCUGUAAAUUGAGCGGACACUGAUAAAUUAAUCGCGGAACUGUUUGGGGAUAAAGGUGGGGAGAUGUCAUACCACUCGUCUUCUCGCAGCUCUUCUCGUAACACCGAUUGCAAGGUCUAUGUUGGCGACUUAGGCAACGGUGCUGCCAAGGGUGAGCUAGAGCGGGCGUUCAGUUACUAUGGCCCUUUACGCACGGUUUGGGUGGCCAGGAACCCCCCAGGUUUCGCAUUUGUGGAGUAUGAGGAUGCCCGUGAUGCAGAGGACGCAGUUAAAGGCAUGGAUGGAAAGGUGCUGUGUGGCUCUCGGAUCCGUGUGGAGCUGUCCACUGGCAUGUCACGGAAGACCAAACAUGGCCGCCCCAGCCGCCGCCACUUUGACCCUCAAGACCGCUGCUACCAGUGUGGGGACAGGGGCCACUAUGCCUACGACUGCUACCGUUUCAGCAAGAGGGGGGGAGGUCGUCGGAGCAGAUCACGCUCUCGCUCCCGGUCUCGUUCCGUCUCCAGGUCACGUGGCAGCCGCUAUCGAUCCCGCUCCCGCAGCAAUGACCGCAGCAGGCACCGCUCCCCAUCUUAUCCCAAACGUAGGAAGAGGUCUGGUUCCCCUGUGCGGUCAAAGUCCAGGACCUCUGUUAGGAGUCGUUCCCGUUCUCGGUCAGGGUCCCGGGCCAGAGGGCGCUCUGCGUCUCGCUCUCGCUCCAGAUCCCGCUCUCCCAGCCAUAAGAGGAAUAGGUCCCUCUCCUAGAAUGACCAGGCCAGACCUUGAUUAGCUUCAGAGAGUCGCACACAGAGCUGAUGAGCCUAUACUCCGAGACAGAGGGGCUGUUUGGGUGACGGCUGGGGGGAGCGUGGCUCUUCUCUUUUCUCUUCUCCCUCAGAUCCAGCCUCAAUUUGAUUAGCUUCAGAGGGCGAGAGAACCUCAAAAACCCAAAAGAGAAAUCUGUCGUGAUCAGACUCCAGUGACCAAUCGCAUCAGGCCUUUUUUUAAAGAGAGAGUGUGGGGAGUCGACUGACUGCACAAGCACUUACCAGGGUCAUCCCCUUGCGGUGUUAACGUCCUCCCGGAGGGUGACAAGGGCUGACAAGAAAUCAGCCUACACCACGCUGGUUAAAGAGGUCGUCCGACGCACGUUUUGACGAGACACAUCCAUCCUACGCGCGCACACACAGUUGUUCCACCCACCCCACUCCCUCCCAGAACCCACGCACCACAGACCUGAACGCUGAGCCGAGUUCAGUCGACCAGUUAAGGCCCCCUCCCUACAGAGCCCGGCCUCUUGCUUAGCUUCUGAGAGGGUGAGAAAGGAGAGCUGACGAGAGAUCAGACUUCAAGACCCUCCGAGUGUGUCUUCGAGUUCUAGCAUCCGUCGCUUCUCUGUACAUGUUGUUUCUGCCACUGUCUCCAAAGGUAACGAAAACCCAAGAGUCAAUGUCAUUCAUGAUCAGAACGCAGACGUAUAGUCUGAUACUCCCUAACAUACUGUACACUAACAUUCAACUAUACAGAGCAUGCACUGUCAGAAUCCACAGGUGUAUGUAUGUGUGUUUCUGUCUGGGUGGGUGUAUGAGUGUUAAGUAUUUGGAAUACAUUACAUAUUAUCCUGGGUGUAGUGAUAGUGUUUUAUUUUGUAGGGAGCAAGUAGCUGAUUUACUUACCUUGAUGGUGGCUUGUCCUUAUACUCUAUAUUAGGUCAACCUAUUUGAAUGUUUGCGCUGUUCCCUUUGGUUUUAAGUAACUGUCUGCACAUAGUUUACCAUAUCAAGGUAGGAUUCUAAAGACUUGGGCUUGCAAAAGGCAAGUCUUUUGCCAUUUAUUUGGUCAGUAUUUGUUUUGGGUGCCAUUAGUAAAGUUCUGGUCUUUUGUCUAUUUGUGUGAAAAUGCAAGGGUGGAUUUUAGCACCUCAAACCCCCUUUUAAAACAUCCUAGUCUCUCAACACCCAGCUCCUCCAUUUACUUGACCUCAGGAACUUUCACUUGUUGGCUUAAUUAUGCUAAAUUAAUUAGGGUUCUCCCUACAUGUUAUAUCAUUUGUGGAAGUUGUCGAUCUCCAAUGAAGCUGAAAUGUGUUGUAUUUAUAAAGUAUGAAAGUGACUUGACCAAGGCAAACUGGUUGUAGUGGGACAGAGUUCAUUAUGGGCCAGCAGUGUUGGAGCUGAGAUGGGUGCCGGGUUAGUUAUUGAGAGGACAAGAUGGGUGCCGGGCUAGUUAUUGAGAGGACAUGCUGUGUCUGCCCUGUACUUACACCUCUCUCUGUCUGUUUCAGUCGUUCCAGAUCCCCAAGCCAGAAAAAGAGCCCCACCCCAGGCGAAGAUUGAUUUGAAGACUAAACUCGUCCCCAUCCCCCUCCAACCAACUGGCUUUAGCCUUGCAGCUAUUUGUUUUGUCAUUGUUCCCUGCAUUGAUUAGAAUCUACCCCUUUUCUGAUGCUGUGUAAUUACUCUACAGGAUUAGCUUUAUAUCUAACCCUGCAUGCCUUACAUGAUGUCACAUUCCUAAAAUGUCUCUCCCGUAUGUCCAAUUUUUUAAAUUUAGCAAAACAGUUCAAAUAUCUAAUUUCAGAAGUGGGAUUUGUGAACCAGAACUUUGUAUUUGUUCUUAUUUCCUAUACUAUAUUCAGUGUGGCAUUGUGUUCAAGAGCUGUAACAGAUGUACUUGAAGUUUUGCUUUCCCUGGCUUAUGGCAGUAGCAGAUUUUGGAAUAAAUCUUGACACGUUAAUUCAGUGUUUUUGUUUUACACGUUGAGGACAUAUACAGAAUGUGUCUUACAUGGAGAUGUUUUAUAGUGAACAGGGAAAUUACAUGAUAUAGUUCCCAUCUACAAUGGUUUGCAGUCAAUUUGCUUUCAUUUUCAAACUUAUGCCCCACCUUAUCACGUUUGGAAGAUUUGUUGACAUGUGGCCAACACCGUCAUUCAUGGUUAUUUACUUAUAGCCCAUUGUCAAGAUGGGACUCUCAAUCAUGGCCUGAUGUGAUACAGCCUGGAUUCGAACCAGGAACUGCAGUGACGCCUCUUGCAUUGAGAUGCAUUGCCUGGUGCAUGUCAUCUUGGCUCUCCUUUCAACCUUACUAAUUACAAUCCAUUAUCAAAAAGAUGUAACUACCUAGAUCACUCACCUGAACUGAAAUUGUAUUGACUGUCGAAAUAAAAUGGUUAAUCUUGUUUA